AUCAUCAAAGUGGACAAACCGGGCUCGACCCAACCCACUUAAUAACCCUAAUUUAAAACCCUAAAACACAAAUUCCACCAUCUCAUCGCAUUCCAGUUGCAGUUGGCCUCCGUCUUCGAAUCCAGCAGCAGGAGCAAGAUGAGUCAUGGAGGAGCGAAGGGCGGGAAGAAGAAGCAAUCGACGUUCGUGAUUGAUUGCGGGAAGCCUGUUGAGGAUAAGAUCAUGGAGAUUGCAUCUCUUGAGAAGUUUCUUCAGGAGAGAAUCAAGGUUGGUGGCAAAGCUGGAAAUCUCGGUGACUCCGUUACCAUUUCCCGUGAAAAGAACAAGAUCUCCGUCACUGCUGAUAGCAACUUCUCCAAAAGGUAUUUGAAAUACCUAACAAAGAAAUACUUGAAAAAACACAAUGUGAGGGACUGGCUUCGGGUGAUUGCUUCUAACAAAGAACGCAAUGUGUAUGAGUUACGUUACUUCAACAUUGCUGAGAACGAGGGCGAAGAGGAAGACUGAGCGGAAGGUUGACUUUGUUUUAUGUUUGUUUUUCUACCUGGAUUGGCUUUUAAAAUAUGUUAUCAGAUUUAUUUUAUCAACUGUAUUCUGGUACAAUUUUGAGUUUUAGGUGCUUUUGCACUGAUCUUGAUUUCACUUCCAUGGCAAAUGCAUCUUUGAUUCAUCUAAA